CCGAACUCGCGGCAUCAUGACACACGCCAGGACCAGGGCCAGGGCCAGUGGUUUGCAGUACGCCAGCAAGUGUCUGCUGAUCGGUGCGUGGUGCGUUGUGCUGUACGCACUGUGUGCCGGAUGUCAGCGAACACCGCCAAGGCGUGACGAUACCUAUCCACCACCGGACACCCUGGAAUUCUACAAACCGUACGCGAAGCAGUGCAUCGCGGAGACCGGUGUCAGUGUGGCGGCCGUCAAGCGGUUCAGCGAUGAGGACGUGUUUGAGGAUGACCAGAAGCUAAAGUGCUACAUGGAGUGCAUGUUCCGGGUCUCCAAUCUGACCGAUAGCAAGGGCGAGGUGCAUCUGGGCAAACUACUCGAAACCAUUAAGCCGGAGUUUGAGGAUCUUGCCCUUCGGAUGGGUGCCAAGUGUAUGAAAACGAAGGGCAAGGAUCUGUGCGAGCGUGCCUUCUGGUAUCACAAAUGCUGGAAAAUGUCCGAUCCGGUGCACUACUACCUGAUCGGACCGUGAACCGUGCGCCAAGGUGUACUGAGGUGAUCGUUGUUGCUGCUGACGCUGACAUUUGGCUUCGUAACUUUCGAACCAUUUAGACCGAAACAGGCAAAGGGGAAGAAUCGUGAACGUAAUUAAGGGUCCAUUUUGAAAAUAAACAU